AUGCGUCAUGUAGGAGUGGCGUCACGCCCCACCAACAGAGCCACCUCCUCCACAGCCCCUCACACGCAUAACCCAUUUACAAUGGCAGACCAGGCGGCCGAAAUUGCUUCUGCGGUCCCAGUUCCGGAACAUGAAUCCGACCCUGCGGCUACCCCUGCUCCAGAAUCUGCUCUUCAAGAAUCUAUUCCUGCUCCCGAAGCUGCUGCACAAUCUCUUCCUGCAACUCAAACUUCUUCAGAUGUUCCAUUGGCUCAAGACACAGUUCCGAGUGUUGGAGUUGAAUCUGCACCAUCUGAUGCCACAGCACCGUCUAUGGAGACAGCACUCACCGAUGCCUCAGCACAUGAUAAACCUUCGCCUAAGGCCGAAAUACCUUCUAACGCCUCAAUAGUUGAAAAUGUCCCGGAAUCUGAAAACGAAGAGGAGGAAGAUGAGGUGGUGUAUAAACCCAGAAUUCGGCCGAUAAUUCGAAUCCAUGUAGUGCCCGUGGAAGAGGAGUGCCAUAAGAAGGAACUAGCUACCGACCAUACCGCUCCGGCUUCAAGUGAAACUGGUGAACCAACUUCAGAAACUACACAAGAAGCGCAAAAGCAGUCAGAAAUUGUACCACCGCCAACUCAAGAAGCCCAAAAUGAGAAGAAAGUCUUUUCCGCUCCAGAAGCCCAACCUGAACUCCAAACAAAAGUCGUUCAGAGCCUGGAAACAAAAAUCGAUGUCCUUCCACCUAAUGGGGCCACUUCGGAAGCAUAUGAUGACCGAUCGGUAGAACCUAACGUCGCUCCAGAAGCGGAAGGCGAAGUUGUUCACACAGAAGUCUCAACAGAGGCGCCUUCCGAAAUCGCUAAAGAAUUACAGGCACAAUCUGAAACUGCUCAGACUCCAGAGUUGCAAAAUAAACCGCAGAUGGAGUCUAUCGUUUCGAAGGCAGAACCCGAAGCCGUCCCCAACGCAGAAGCCUCAAAUGAAACGCAACCAUCAGCACUUCCAGGGUCAGAAACACAGUCCGAUUCUGCUCCGAUUUCAGAAUCGCGAGCUCAACUACAGGCAGAGCCUGAUUCUGUUCCAGAAACCGAAGCUAGACUCGUUCCUAAUGCAGAAGCCCCAUGCGAACAACAAUCAAUAACGCCUCAAGGAUCAGAAGCACAGUCCGAGGCUGUUCCGGUUUCAGAACCGCAAGUUGAACAACAGGCAGAUUCUGAUGGUACUCCAAAAGCAGAAGGUGGAGUGGCUAUGAUUCCUGAUGCGCAGGCCGUUCCAGAAGCACAAACAGAAAUUCAUUCUCUUCCAGCACCUGAAGUCGACGCAAUUUCAGCAUCAGAGGUGAAAGCUGCGCCACAAGCUGCAGAAAUCCCUGAUGCUGAAGGAAAAAUCAAGACAUCAGCUGCAGAUCCACAACUCGAACCGCAUAAUGAGCCUGCUCCAACUUCGGAAGUAAAUUCUGAAAUUUCGAAUCAAGAGGUAGCUGGAGAGCCUCAAGUUGAGACUAUUCCAACUGCUACAUCAGAUCCACAACAUGUCGAAGUCACACCAUGCUCCGAACCAUCUCCUGAAUCCAUUACAGAACCGGACAAAGAAGGAAAAGUCGACACUGAUUCUACUCCAAGUGUUGACGCAGCGAUACAGCAAGCAACUCCGGCUGCUGCAUGUUAG